AUGUCGGAUGACGAUUCGAGGGCCAGCACCAGCUCCUCCUCAUCUUCGUCCUCCAAUCAGCAAACCGAGAAAGAAACAAACGCCCCCAAGAAGAAGGAGAGUGAAGUCAGCCUGAGCAAAAACUCCAGACUCCUCUCUACCAGUGCCAAGAGGAUUCAGAAGGAACUGGCAGACGUCACUGUAGACCCUCCACCUAACUGCAGUGCUGGUCCCAAAGGUGAUAACGUCUAUGAAUGGAGAUCAACCAUUCCGGGGACUCCGGGAUCCGUGUAUGAGGGUGGUGUAUUCUUCCUUGAUAUCACUUUUACACCAGAAUACCCCCGCAAGCCUCCAAAGGUUACAUUUCAGACAAGAAUCUAUCCCUGUAAUAUUAACAGUCAAGGAGUUAUUUGCUUGCACAUGUUAAAAGAUCAUUGGAGUCCAGCACUAACCAUUUCUAAAGUUCUUUCUGUCUGCUUCCUUCUUACAGACUGUAAUCCUGCUGACACUUUGGUGGGAAGUAUUGCCACUCAGUAUAUGACCAACAGAGCAGAACAUGACAGAAUGGCCAGAGAGUGGACCAAGAGAUACACUACAUAAAUUGGGUUUUCACAAUUCUCAUUUGUCUGUCACAGAGAG